AUGACCAAUUCACUAGCACUUUCCCCAGAGCAGAUUGCUACAUUUCAGAAAGAAGGAUGCCUCGUUAUCCCUAAUGAGCUUCCGCUAGAAACGGUGACAAAACUUCUUGACGAAACUGCAAAUCUACUUAAUACCUUCUCGCUAGAAGACCACCCUUUGACUCAGUUUACAACAGGCGAAGGGACUGAAGAACGUCCUCAUGUUGGAGAUGACUAUUUCCUGGAAAGUGGAGACAAGGUUCGAUACUUUUUUGAGGAGGGUGCAUUUGAAACAGAUCCCAAAACUGGGAAACAAGUACUUGUCAAACCAAAAGAGCGCGCUAUUAACAAGAUUGGACAUUACCUACAUGCAUCUCCUGAAGUAUCGCCAACUUUUGGAGAGGUUACUGUGAAUGAACGAAACCACGCAAUAGUUGAUUCUCUUGGAUAUGAUGAUGCACGAGUGCUUCAGUCCAUGGUUAUUUGCAAGCAGCCAACUAUUGGCGGCGAGGUUCCGCCACACCAGGAUGCUACUUUUUUGUACACAAAGCCGCUUUCAUGUCUUGGAUUCUGGUAUGCUCUUGAGGACUGUACUAAAGAAAACGGUGCCCUACAAUAUCUUCCCGGGUCACACCUUAAUACCCCUAUUGCCAAACGACUUGUACGCACAGGUGAAUCGGGUGAAAUUAAAACUACAUUUGAACCGGUUCCUGGUGCAGUGAUAAGCGAGGAACAACUGGAACUGCAAAAGGAUGCUUCAAAGUAUAAAUGGGUUGAGUGUCCAGCAGGAUCUUUGGUAUUGAUUCACAACUCGGUUGUACACAAGUCAGAACACAAUUUGUCAAACAAAUCGCGAUAUGCUUAUGCGUUCCAUGUGAUUGAAGGUACUGCAGAUUAUGAUACCCGGAAUUGGCUACAGAUUCCAUCAACUGGUGGUGCCAACUUUACAAAGCUGUAG